AUGGACCAAUUGAAGAUGCACAGAGCUUCUAGUAAUCAAGGUCUAAAGCCCGAUCAACCGACCAACUCUACUUUGUUCAAUACUUCGAAUAUGUAUCCCAUUAAUGCCACAUUUAAUGAUUCGGAUAUUUGUAUAAAGGUUCCUCCUUGUGUUACUCAGGAAUUUUAUGGGGGUUAUGAAGAAUGGCCAUCAUUCCGCGAUAUGUUUACCGCCAUUUAUGGUAAUCACCCUCGAUUGACACAGGCUCAAAAGUUAUAUCAUCUAAGGAAUAAAACAAAGGGCGAAGCAGGUAGUAUUGUAGCUAAAUAUCCACUUUCAGAUCAGAAUUAUUUACGGGCGUGGGACGCGUUAAGGGCGCGAUAUGAGAACAAGCGCAUUUUAGUAGAUAAUCAGUUGAAGAUUCUAUUUAAUAUACCAGCAGCAAAGGCUGAAAUCUAUUAA